GACAACAGUGUUGUCCUGCUGUUGUUCUACAACAGGCCUUUCAGUAUCACUCAUCUCUUUGUUUCUGGACCUGUGUCUACUCUGCACUCAAGACUAGUGGGAUUUUAUAAUCAACUGUCAAGUUGUAGCCUGGUGGGUUUGUAUAAUCUACUGUCAAAUUGUAGCCUGGUGUGGUGGGUUUGUAUAAUCUUUUGAGGUCAAAGUAAGAGGAUGAUAAAAGAUCUGAGCUGUAGACUUCCAUUUCAGAGCUCCGUAUGUCGUACUGGAAUGAAACACAUCCAGUAGUGUGAGACUGAGACCGUUUUGUAAAUAGAAGUGUUUUGUUUUUUCUCCAUCAAUAUGGAUAUCCGCCACCUCUAUGCACAAUGCUUCUACAGGCCUCAGAGUGUCAGCGAUUCUGGAUGCUUCUACAACAACUACUCAGCCAGUGAACAGAGUAUUUGCCAAGCCCGCGCCUCAGUCAUGGUGUACGACGACACCAGUAAGAAGUGGGUUCCAAUCAAGCCGGGCCAGCAGGGCUUCAGCCGCAUCAACAUCUACCACAAUACGGCCAACAACACCUUCCGCGUGGUCGGGGUCAAGCUACAGGACCAACAGGUAGAGGUGGUGAUCAACUACUCCAUAGUGAAGGGGCUGAAGUAUAACCAGGCCACGCCCACUUUUCACCAGUGGCGCGAUGCCAGGCAGGUUUACGGCCUCAACUUCGCCAGCAAAGAGGAGGCCACCACCUUCUCCACCGCCAUGAUGUUCGCCCUCAACACGCUCAGCUCGCAAGACGGAGGCCCUGCUGUCCAACGCCAAAAUGGGCCCUCCUCAGAGGACCCCGAUGUGCAGAGGAGGCAAAUGAUGGAGCCGCAUCAGAUGCAGGGAGUGGUCCACAAAGAGAGGGAGCGACGGACGUCUGGCUCAGUUGUUUCCACCCUCCAAUAUAAGGUGUCCUCCCCUCCCUCUCACCCCUCCAACACCCCUCUUGAGUAUAGACACUAUCGGGCCGCCACACUGCCGCCCUCCUAUGCCCGAAUGGCCUCCAACUCCUCCCCUUCCUCCUCUUCCUCUUCCUCCUCCCAGGAGAGAGAGGUGGCAGGUGGACGGGCUGGCGACAACUCUCCCCAUCUCUCCCAGCUCUCCACCUCCCUGGUCUCGGCCUUCUCCCCCGUGCAGCCAGGGGUGCCCACGGCCCUGACCCGGCAGGUGCGCCAGAUCCCCCUCUCUCCCCCCUCGGUGCGGGCUCUCCACCACACCAAGACCCUCCACCAGGGUGACCCCCAGCAGGACCCUGUGCUGCUCCCCAAACACGGCACCUGGUCCACCUCCCACACCCACAUAUACGGCCCCGUGCACAUGCCCCCCGUGCCCCAGCCUGUCCUCCCAGUGGCCCUCCCUCUGCCGCCCCGCCACAGCCGGGUCAAGCCCCACCCCCUGGACCAGGCCGGCCAACCCCAUAUCCCGCCCCACCUCCCCCAUGCCAAUGGCCAAUCAGAGGACUAUUAUAACCUCGCUCAGCAGCAACAGCAGCAGCUAGGUUACUGCGAGGCUACCUCCUUGCCCCCUCUGAUUGGUCAGUCUGCGCAGGGCCCUGUCCCCGUCUCCUCCAACCAACCCCAGUACCCCUCCUCAUUCCACCCCCAGCCACAGAUGUCCCAGGCCACGCCCCCACCACCACCAGCAACCCAGCAAUUCUCUCCCCCCUCAUACACCCCAGCCCCAUCAGAGUGGGGUUCACCCAACCAGACACCCUCUCCCGUCUCUCAGGCUGCCACGGCAACCUGCAGUCCGGUUUCUCUCCCCGCCGUGCUCGCUGUGGCCCCACCGGUGGCUCCGCCUGCCCCUAUGGCACCUAUGGCCCCCCCUCCUCCACCGGGCCCCCCGCCUCCGGCCACAGUGCCACCGCCCAUGCCCCCCCCACUACCGGUUGGUGGAGGGCACGGAGGGCCUCAUUUAGAGGGGGCAGGGAACGAGCUGGCACAGCCACUCUCAGGUCUGGCUGCUGCCCUGGCUGGAGCCAAACUCCGCAAAGUUGCAAGGGAUGAGAACAGUCCACCAGGAACAAGUGUAGCCAAGAAUGAUGGCAACCGCUCCAGUGGAGGGGAGGGGCUAAUGCAGGAAAUGAACGCCCUUCUAGCACGCAGACGGAAAGCCUCAGAGAAACCUGAAGAGGAGGAUCCCAAGCCAGGGCAGAACUCCACAGAUGCGGGGAAGAAUCCAUGGGACCGAGCCAACUCUGUAGACAAGGCCUCACUGGUAUCAAGGGUGCGACCCGUGGGCAGCACUAGUGAGGGAGACCUAGACUUCGACAGGAUGAAACAGGAAAUCUUGGAUGAAGUUGUACGUGAAUUGCAGAAGGUGAAAGAUGAGAUCAUUAAUGCCAUUAGACAAGAAAUUGGUCGAAUCCAUACAUGUUAAUCAGUGGACAAGAGGAUGUGCUGGAGUAUGAAGGAUUAGAAGGUGUGCUGGAAAGGAAUGUUCUCAACAUUUCUGUGACGCUGUGAAAAUAUUGCUGUGACGCUGCAGAAAGGUUGAGCCAACAUUGAGUCUGCUGUGCAGAACAGAAAGGCGAAGAAGAAGAAGAAGAAGAAGAAAAAGUUGGAGAAGGAAAGUGAAUGAGAGAGAAAAGAAUGGUUACAUGAUGACAAAGGAUGUGCGGACGGAAGGAUGGAUAGACGCUUGCACCUUUUUCAUUUUCCCCCCCCUCCCAUUUCUGUGCAUUUCGAGACAGUCCAGUUUGCAGCUCUCAGUCUGUUCUAAGUCUUACAAUAGAAAAUAUUUUUUGUUUUCUUAAGUUUUUACUGUUUUAUUAUUAUUGUUUUUUUAAACUGUGAUUAUUUUAUUAUUCAUACCAUCAUAUAGAGAGAGAGAGAGAGAGAGAGAGAGAGAGAGAGACAAAAGACAAACUGUUGUUCUUCAUUGGUGGGUUCUAGAGGAAACGUGCACACCAAUUACAUCAGACUUUUAUAUUUUAUAUGAUUUACUUUAUCCUUGGGUGUUUGACCAGCACGUAUGGCACAUACUAUGCUUUAGUCACCUGACCUCAGUUUUUAAAAAGCUUUUGAUCUAUUUACCAGUAACAGGGCAGUGUUCAUUGGGCCUCAAAUGGAAUAAAACUGGACAACCGGGGAGGGAGUACCGUUCUCCAUUGUAAAACGUUUUAAAAAUAUGUUCCAUUUUGUGCCCUAAUAAACACAACUCCGGUGUAUAAAAAUCACUGUAAUUUUGGGAUCAUUCAAAAAACGUACCAACAACUGUAAAUUCACCAUCUACGUAUUCCCAAAAUAGAUCAAAUGAUCCCUAGGCUGCCCCUACGAAACCCAUACAGUAGUCUAUAUCAGAGGUGUCAAACGCGGUCUUCAACAAGGUCCGGAGGGCCGCAAUGAAAAUGAGUUACAUUUCCUUGCUGUCAAAAUGUCCACCCCCCCUCGAUGCUGCCAUAUUGUCUAGCUUUCAUUUUGGUGAUUAUUAGCGAGUUGGACACAGUCAAGAAACAGUAUGAAUGUAGGUCCAUUAUCAUUUAUACACAGUUUUGACUUGGUUUUAGUCAUUUUUGUAUAUUGAGUCGCCCCCCACCUAAAAAAAUAAAAAAUAUGCAAAAAAAAUAUAUAUAUUUUUUUUUACUCAAACCACCCCUCACAGGCCGGAACCCCUCACGGGAUUGGAACCCCUCACCCCUCACGGGCCGGAACCCCUCUGUUUGACACCCCUGGUCUAUAUGGUUUGUCCGGUGUAUUAACCAUGCAUUUUGUUUUUAAAUUGGGUUUUCAAAAUGGUGGUACAUUUACAAUGGUGGUUUGUUUUUUUUGUGAAUAUCCUCCUUGCUAUUUAAAGUAACUGUCCAGUUUUCAAUGAAACAUGACCUAUAAUUACAAUAUGAAUGAAAUACUUAAAUUACAAAACGCAUGUUAAAAAGCAGCUUUUCUGUGUUGGAAUGGUGUGGGCGUAUCUUAACAACAGAAUGGUGUGGGUGUAUGCCGAUCAUUAAAAAUAUUCACACGAGUAAACCGCUGAUUGGCCAGCUCAGCCAAUGAGGUAGGAUGACAUCAUUCUCUAUGAGGAAAUAGCAUUUUUUAUUCGAUCUGUUUGAGAUACAAGUUUGAGGUGGGUUUUUUUAAAAUGUUUUUUUUCUCUCCAAUUUAUGCUUUGGCCACAUACGAGUGUAGGAUGAGUCAUCAACAUUAUUUGGAUAUGAUUUAACAGAAUAUGGACAUUUAAAAGUGAGAUUUUCACUGGACAGUUACUUUAAGGUUGAACUUGAAUUUGAUAUGUGAAAAUGGAGCCAGUUGCAAAAUAAAUUAAAAGUAUACAUAAA